AUGGUCACGCUAGACUUAUCACAAGCAUUUGACAGGAUUCCCAGAGAGCUCCUUUACCAGGGGAUGUGUGACAUGCAAUUGCCUGAGGACCUUAUCUCCAUCAUAAUGGCAUGGCAUUCAAGCAUUGCAUACACGGUGCAUCAUGCAGGCGAAAGCCGCACCUUCCCUGCCACCCGUGGGGUGCGUCAAGGCUGUUCAGCCUCUCCGCUCCUGUGGCUCAUUUUUUCGCAUGCCACUAGUACCCGGCUGGAGGCCUCCAUCGGGUACAGCACAUUGUGCCAGAUGCUCACCAUCUUUGCAGACGAUUAUCAUGCGGCAGGCACCUUCAGUACCCUACAUGAGCUGGAGCAGCUUCUGGGUUGUAUCUCCUUGCUCUUUAAGGUCCUCAAGUCCUUUGGCAUGCAGGUCAGUGAUGCCAAAUCCAAGGCCAUUCUUGCCAUACGAGGCACUCUGAGCACUUCCAUCCGCAAGAAGUUUGUGAGGAAAGGCCCGGACGGCCUGGUGCUACGAAUCCCCCAGCUCCAAGGCAGCCUUUGCAUUCCGCUGGUGUCUGAAUUCACCCAUCUGGGUGUUCGCAUCAGCUACACGUCCUUUGAGAAUGCAACCCUGCACCAGAGGAUGAACAAGGGCAAAGCUACGUUCAGCCGAUUGGGCACUGUCCUCAAGGGCAAACACAAUCUUUCAAUUGCCCAUCGCCUGUGCCUCUGGAAGGCCUGUGUCUGGUCCACUAUCUCCUACGGGCUGAUCACCUGCGGCCUGACAGCCGAGGGCCACAAAUCACUUGAGACCUUAGUAGUGAAGCAGCUCAGAGCUAUUCUCAGGCAGCCGGCCCACCUCACGCACACCACGAACUCUGAAGUUCUUGCCGAGGCGGGUUUUACCCUGCCUGGAGCUGCUCUAGCCAAGAUGCUUGACCGUGAAGCUCACCGCCGUCAGGGAUGCACUGACCUCCAUGUGAGCCUGCUGACCGGUCUUCGGCAAUCUUGCCAGGGACAGUGCGAGCGGCUUUCGGUCGGUGCUUCUAGGAGCCAGCAGACGGAGACGGAGGAAGAACGGCCGCCGAAGGCUGCCAAGAUGGGUCAAAAUCCUGCACAGGGCAAGCGAGGACGGCAGGCCGACAACUCAAGCUUCAAUGGCGGACAGGGCCCUCCCUGGAAAGGCCAAGGCAAAGGGAAAGGGAAAGCCUCGUCCCAGACAACGGCCCUUGUCCGGGCGAUGGGUCGCCUCAUCAUCCGGCAGGAGACCCAACUUCAGGUGCUCAAGCAGAAUUCGGCAUGGAUGGUGUAUCUCAAGCCGGGGGCGAGUGGCCCGAUCCCAGUCCUCUUCCAGGCGGCGGAGAAAUACAAGGAGCAGGCGGCCAAGGAGAAAGGAUGGAUGACGGACGAGGGCCAUUGGUGCUACCAGAAAUGGGACUCCACCAAUCAGGUGUUGCAGGUGGACGAGGACCGGGCACCGGUGCCACAUCAGGAUGUGGUGGGACUAUCCCAGAAAAUGGCGGGCUUGGUGCUAGCCAAGGAUGUGGUGCACAGGUUCAACGCGACACAUCCGAUUUCUGCGGACAAAGAGGGCACGGCAGUGUUCUUUCUCGAAAUCGGACUGCGGGCCAAGGGAGUGAUGGAAGCAUGGGAGGGUCUCGAGGUGAUGACCAACCUAGCAGCUCUACAACUCAUUGGGAUGCAAGGCAAGCGGGAGAGCCUGCGCCGGAGCAACCUUGCGGACGAGGUGCAGAAAUUGCUGAGCUCCUACACAGGCUGGCAGCGGCCAGCCUCUCGGACUGACAUUGCCCAGUUUAUGUGCCAUGCCCUCAAUCUGAUGCGACCUCCGGUGCUCGAAGGUGGCUGGGAGUCACGCUUGGUGACAGGGGAUGCAGUCACACAGGUUGCAACAGGCACCCUACAUUCGCCAAUCCGUCUGUCCCUGCAUCCACAGCACUGCACAGUGCAGGACUGUGUUGAUUGCUGGCAUGCUCAGGCCAGCCCCAUUAUCUCUGCCUUAAAAGCUGCGCCGGAUUACCUGUUCCUGCAACUUGACAGGCAUGCCCCAGGGGACAAGGAUGUGCUUCAGCAGCCAAUGGCCAUCCCGAGCACGCUUGCAUUGCCAGUCUUUGGGCCGAGGGAUACAUGCUUUCGUGCUGCCUACCAUGCUGUAGCAUUCAUUCUACGGUCGGAUGCCGACGAGCACACUUCCUACACGGCCCUUCUGCGAUCCAAGACGGAUUGUGGCAGGGGAAGCUGUUUGGCAACAUGCGAUGGGCGACGAGCCGUGCACCUUAGUGCAAUUCCUGCCCAUGCCAGUGCUCAGUGCCAUAUCAUAGCACUCAUCAGGUCGCAUCUUCUGCGAUGA